GGUUCCUCCUCGUCCAAAAUGGGUACAACCGAAAGGUGAAAUAUGGAUCUCUGAUCCAAUUAAGAAACAUUUUAAGCAAGGAUCUUUUGUAUGUGAUGGAAAUGAUAAUCCGCAUUGUUCACUCAGCGUCUAUCCUAAUUUAUUUGAUCACCUUGGUCCAUUUUUUGGA